AUAAGGUUACCGGCAGAUAAAUCACAAUUUCCUAUUCAUUUUGUGCACUCAUGCACUAGCACAGGUGCACAACAAAUGUUGUUUAUUGAUCGUGUAUUCACAGUGAUUUAAUGAGAGAAAUCAAAAUGACUUUCUUCAUAUUUGUAUCCAAAUGGAAACACAAAUUAUGACAGCCAUGAAAUACUGAAAAACAGAAAAAAAUGGUGCUCCAAGUGGAAUUUUUUGGCUCAUUCAAUUGGCGCAUUUUCCGGAUAGCUGAAGUGAAAACAUAAAUUCUCCAAAAACUUAAUAGUGAAUCAACAACAAUGGCAGUAAUGAGCCGGUCACGCACUGUAAUCUAUAUAGCCCUCGGAAUAUGUGCUGGGGCCUUGCUCAGCAUGCUCUGCGUACCGCUAGAAACUGGCUGUGGCGUUGACAGCUACGUCCACGUCGGAACGAAGAGAAAAACAAGCGCUGUCGACAUGAUCGAUUAUGGAACCGAUGAAAAUGGCAACCAGCUAAAUGACGAGGAUUUCGAACCAGUGCUGAUGACUGUAAACAGGCCAGUCGUUAAGAAGGAUAUCGAUCGACAGCGAUUGAUUCGGAUGCGGUACAUCUCGUCGGAGCUUUCAAUCAAGGAGAAGUUGUUUGUAGGUGUGAUGGUCUCACGAGAGGAAAUUGAUCUGGAGUCCACGACGGUCGGCAUCAAUAAGACACUCAGUCAUUACGUCAGUAAGCUGGUGUUUUUCACCAAGACUAAUUCAGAGCAGUCGCUGAGCGGCAUGACGAUCAUCGCGUUUCCAGGGGAACAGGUCAACGUGAGAAUGUUCCAAAUUUGGAAGUACAUCUACGAGCAUCACGGCAGCGACUACGAUUGGUUCCUGGUCAUUCAGGAUGACACGUACAUCUACGGGGACGUCUUUAUGGAAUUCCUGGGCCACAUGAGUGUCGGGAGGGACCUGUAUAUGGGAAUUCCGAUUCACGAAGCCGAGAUGGAUGUCACGUUUUGUAGCAGGGAUGCAGGUUACAUGCUCUCCAGGAACCUUCUGGCCAAGGUGGGGCCGUACUGGGAGGACUGCAUGCGUAAAUCUUGGAACAAUGUCCCGGACCUAGAGUUUGGACGGUGCAUACAAGACCACUCCAAUUCACACUGCUCCACCAAUUAUGAGGGUUCAACAUUUUACGCCUACGAUUUUGAAGACAAGGUUCUGACUGACAAGGAAAAGAACGAUGCUGAUUUCCAGCAAGCCUUGGCGAUACAUCACGUGAUGGACACGCGCACCAUGUACAAGCUCCACAAGUAUUUCUCCGAGCGAUCUCUGAGUCAGACUCUUAAACAGAUUGCUGAGCUCCAGCAAAACAUCGAAGAAAUCAGCGCGUACGCACCGGGCGGUAAAUCCAAACUAACAUGGCCAGUGGGAGUGCAGGGCCCCUUUAAAACAACGUCGCGAUUCGACGUGAUGGGUUGGGAAUACUUCUCUAUGACACACUUGUACGGCUUGGACGAUUACGAACCCAAGUCCCCUCUGAUUGGUGCAAACAAGCAGGACAUUGACGAGAUACUCACCACGACAAUGGCGCGCUUGAACGAGCUCCAUGGGAACAUCUACAUGCUCGGCCGACUCGUGAAUGGGUACCGGCGAUUCGACCCCAACCGUGGGAUGGAGUACACCCUGGAUAUGGAGCUCAAGCUUCACGGCGACAAGCGGGAAAUCCUCAAGCGAGUCCACUUACUCAGACCCCUCAACAAGGUUGAGAUUGUCUUCAUGCCUUACGUCACCGAGUACACUCAAGUCACAAUCAUCGUUCCCGUGGUAUCUGGUAGCCAAGAGCAGGUCCGAGUCUUCCUUGACAACUACGCCAGAAUCUGUCUGGAGACUCGCGACAAAUCGGCCGUGAUGCUGAUCUUCGUUUACACGCCGACUGAGGCGAUGACGAUGGCUACCGAAGAUAUCUACAGCGCGAAUAAAGGCUACGUCUCCUACCUGGAGCGUAAGUACCCCGGCUCCCAUCUGUCCUGGAUAAGUGUCAAGACAAGCCUUCCCUCACCCAUCGCCAUCAUGGACGUCGUCUCCAAGAAGUUUGCUUCGGACACCCUCUUCCUCUUCACCAACGCCAACAUGGAGAUAGCUGCGGAGUUCCUGAACCGUGUCCGCAUGAACACCAUCGCGGGAUGGCAGGUCUUUUUCCCAAUUCCCUUCUCCCAGUACGACCCUAAAAUCAUCUACGCUGAUUUGCCCAACCCCAACCGCAUAGACAUUUCCAAAACCGCUGGUCACUUUGACACCUACCUUUUCGAGCACGCCAGCUUCUACAAUUCGGACUACAUGAACGCCAGGAAACUCUGGGACGAGAAGCACCCGGGAAGCGAAACGGACCACAUCCAGUCAGAUCUGGACCUCUUUGAGAUGUUUCUGAGUACCAAACUGCACACCUUCCGAGCCGUGGACCCCGCCCUGAAGCUGCACUACCACCAACGGAUUUGCCAACCCUCUCUCAAGGAGGAGCAGUACCAGAGAUGCUUGGAAGGCCGGGCGGUGGGCCUUGCCUCUAAAGCCCAGCUCGCAAUGCUGGUCCUAGAACAACAGCAAAAACUAGCUGCUGAGAAAGGAAAUAUCUGAAGCAAACGCAGCUCGAUAUUCCUUUAACUGGUUGUUAAAUUUCACAUGCAUCAUUUGAAGCUUUUCUUUGGUAUUGCCAAUGUAUGGUGCUGGCCAGGGUCCAUCUUCAUAGAAAACAAUAAUGCAAACGUGAGCAGAAAGUUAUAAUAUAGGCCUAUGCUAGUGCGAGUACCACUUUCUGCAAGCACAGAUUCUUUUGCUAAAAAAGUUGUGUACGUACAAGUGCCUCAUUUCACCAAGGCCCUAGACAGUGACGUAGCAAGGUCAUUUUGAUUGAGGGGGGGGGGGGAAUUAUCUCCAUAUGGGGUUUCUUUUGAAAGCGGACGAUCAUGGGCACUAUUGGACAAAUGUGGCGCUAUUCAGAGCACGCGUAAAAAAAAAGGGCAUUUGUGGAAAAUAAAGCACUUGUGAAAACAAUAUUGUGGGGGGGAGGGGGAAAUACCCCUUAUCCCUACGGUGGCUACACCACUGCUACAAUGUUUUUCAUUUACAUUGACUGACAUGUCAAAACCUAAAGUCAGACUUGCAAUCUGGGAUUUCUUAGACAAUUUACAGAGGUUGUCUAAUGUUGCCACGUUUUUGAACUUUUUUGGGUAGUCUUGGGAACUACAGGGUUACAAUUGUGCAGCUGCCAAUAUUUUGGCCUGAAUACAUUGCUGA